UGUGUGUGUGUGUGAUGGCCUGAGGUGAAACGUCAGUACAGUGUUCAGAGUGUGAUGGACUUUCAAAGAUGCAGCAUCUCUGCUCUACGCUCUAUGGGCUCCUGGCUUCCUGCCUCUGUUGUUGGGGUCCCAGUGAUGGUUUUUUCGUGAGUCAGUCUCCAUCCACAGUCACGCUGUGGAGAGGAGAAUCAGUUCAGAUCACCUGCAGCUGGAACAUCAGCAUUAGUGGAGUAAAAGUGACAUGGUUUAAAGACAAUCAGAGAGUUGAAUUUAACCAAACUGAUAAAUUCACAAAAACCAACAACAACAACAACACCAGUUCAAAAUUAGUUCUAAAUGAUGUAAAUGAUGCAGGGUUUUAUAUUUGUCAAGUUGUACAGGACAUACCUCGCCUGGUUACGGUAAACGGAACGGGGACAAACGUUACAUACAAUGAAAGUGGAACGAGUACAACUCAAUGUGGAACAUUAACAACUCAGCCAAUCACAGUGCUGAAGAACACACCAGAACAGCCAGUAACGCUGCUGGUGGCAACUUUAUCCAGUGCCGUGGUCAUUCUGUUCAUCUGUGUGUGUCUGAGUGUCUGGAGGAUGAAACGAGGCUGCAAACAAUCAGGGAGAAUGGUGAUAAGGGAGGGGCCUCCGAGUGAAGGGACCGAGCCCGAAAACAGCGAGGAUGGAGGGAGCUCAAGGACGUCCAGAGGAUCCACACAAUGGUAUAUGGUUCCUGUGUACGAGUCCUACUUCGAUCUGCAGAGGAGUGACAAGGAGGAGUGUGCAGACUCAGACAAGACCGCGUGUGCUUCAGCUCUCAAAUGAUCAUUCAGAUAAUGACGAACAACAGGAAGUACGGUCAGGAACCCCAGCUGCGCUGGAAAUGACAGAUAGAGUUAAAGAUGCUAAUGUUGUUUUUUGUCAGCAAAAUGUUGGUCAUUUCCGUGGAGUUCACAGUGAGUAUUGGGUUUUGUGUCACAAAUCCGUUUCAUGAGCAGAACUUUGCAUCGAAUUCAACUUUGCUCUCAGGGAAUUCGCAUCAUCAUCUUCCAACAGCUUCGACUGUGUUCAUCUCUGAAAAGGAGGUCCUUUCAUCCAGAAUGGAGGAACCGCUCAUUUUAUUACAGUGCAGAGUUUAUCAAAGACAGUCAGUCAUACGCAGUUGUUUUCUUUUCUUUCUUUUUUUUUUGUUUAGCAAAGUUUAGCAAUUUAGCAAGACAGAUAGAUUGCUAAAAAAAAAAAAAAAAAAAAAAAAACACCAAGAGGUACAAGUCUUUCCAAGAAGCUGGUACGGUGUAGCGCUGUUUAAUUCACUUAGCAACGUUUCAUUGCAUUUACAAAGUGUGUCAAACCAAAAUCAAUAAAUAACCACAGCUUAACUGCUAUGUCACUGCUAGCCUUUUUGCUGCAAUGCUAAUUUUCAAGUCCUGUCCCUGUUUCGCAAGAUUUCCAGCAUAUUAUAUUCCAGCGUGUAUUAUAUGGUUUUAAAAAGUAAAAGGAAGCUAAUUAAGCAUUUAAGCCCAGACAUUAAGUCUCUCUUUCUUAUCCUCACCAUCUUCUUGCUAACAAGUCUAACCAUGUAGCGCAUGCAGUGUGAGCAUUUCUGUGGUAGUGUUUGAUGUGUGUUAGUGCUGAAGUGUUUUAUCUAUGUAAAUCGUGUGUGUGUGUGUGUGUGUGUGUGUGUUUUCUAGCUGAGGGCAAUGUGCUUCUCGGUAACCUAAUCCACUUUCUUAUGAUAAUAGCAUUCAUUACCUUGUGAUUGAGAUAAGAGACUAAAGUGUAUAUCUGUUUUUAUUGAAUAAAUGAAUAUUUAAAUA